AUGUGGGAAUAUCAGGAUACCGAGGAUCUCAUCUAUGUUUUUCUCAUUCCAUUGAUCUGUAUACCGGGUCUCGUCGCAGCAACUGCUUCAGCUUAUGUUUUCUUCAAAAUUCGCUCUUCUUCAUUGGAAGUUCUCCUCUUUGGUUUAUCUUUAUUUGAUGUGGCUGUGCUUGGCUGUUCACUAACAAUGUAUCCAUCGUUGAAUCAAUGUAAAAAAGCGGAGGAAGGAGAAGAUCCAAACCCUUUCGUGUGUCACUUUUUUUGGAAAACGACAAUAGCUACGUAUCCCUUUGCACAAAUCGCACAGGCGGGUUCUGUGUGGACAUGUGUAGCGGUUACUGUGGAUCGAUUUGUGGCCGUUUCGUUUCCAAUCAAGAAACGAAUCUGGUGUACCCCGAUGACCUCAACGAUCACUCUUUGUGCACUCACUGGAUUUUGCAUUCUAUACAAAUUUCCGGCUUUCUUCGAAUUGGAAUUGAAUGCAAUGGGAGUUUUAAGUCAAACUUCAUUGCGUUCAAGUCCAACGUAUCAAUUGUAUUACAAUGUUUUUGCUUAUUCGAUUGUUAUGUUGGUUCUUCCGUGGACCAUCAUUAUUAUUCUUAAUUUUAUCGUAAUCCUCAGAGUUCGCGAGGCUUACGGUAGACGAUGUCAUUUGGCAAAGCAUUCACUGAGGAGAUCGGUUAGAAGAAGAGAUGAUGCUGAAAGACGAUGCACAAUAAUGGCUGUUGUUAUGAUUAGUCUUUUCUUCUUUCUCAAUCCACCAUCAUUAAUCAAUCAUCUCAUUGAAGCUAUUAUGCCGCCUGAUCGACAACCCUUCCGUGAACGGAUUCCGAUCUCGAAUCUUCUGGUGUGCAUCAAUAGUGCCUCGAAUAUUUUGAUCUAUUGUGUGUUCAAUCGAAAAUUUCGGCGGACAAUCGGCGGAUUGUUAGGAAUUGCGAUCCCAGAGAAUGAGCGAAGGGGAGUCUUGGAGAGAGCUGGAUCAUUUGUGAUAACCGGGUUUGCUGUUAGAAUGAUGGCUUCACAAUGGAAGCAGAGAUCAAAUAAUGGAUCAUUGAAAUCAAAUCAGACCCGUUUUGGUGAUGUUUCGACUCCACUUGAAGGAGAAACGCUUCUUGGAAUUCCUACG